AUGAAUCCCCUUUUCUGUCGCCAGUGCACAACUUGUAUGUUGCGGAAUGCGUUGAAUUGUAUUCGACUUUCCUCCCGCCAUUAUGCCAUCAAAUCCACCGGUGCCUCACGUAAAGGUUCACUGGAACUUGUCGGUGUUUUGUGCGGUGGUGUGGGCCCUUCCACCCACGGCAUGGAUGAGGUUCCAGGGGAAAUGAAAGAGGGGGAGAUUAGACAUCGGAAGAAGGAGGUUUCCAGUGGCGAUGGCAGCGGGGCCAAUGGCUCCCCGUACAUGGUUCAGAUCUCUGAUAGGUACGGCAUGCCAGCGGAGCUCCCAGCCGGGGCGUCACAGUCGUUUGAGGAGUUGGAGACAUUGUGCCCCAGCGACACGCUUCGUGAGCAGCUGCAGCUAUUACGGGCCUCGCGACGCUGGGAAACCUUGACGGUGGUGCAGCGGGCUGUCAUCCCUUUGAUUUUGGAUCAUCGCGAUGUCCUCUGCAUUGCACCAACAGCGACAGGUAAGACUUUUUGUUACGUGUUUCCCUCCAUGUUGCGUUUAGUUCUACAUGCGAAGGGACUUGAGGCUGCCGUUGCUGACAGCAGCGAAAACGAGUUAAGCCGGCCCAAUGUUGAGAAGUUGCUGAAAGACAAGAUUGCGCGGGGGGAGAUUUGUCGUUACUGUGAACUCGGUAUCGCAGAUGUGAAGGUGUGUCCCAUGACAGGCACCCCGCACCCGCCCGUGCCAGAGCUGCUGGACAAGCAGCUGCGAGGAGCGAUGUGGCUCAAUGAGCUGACCUCAGUAGCGGAGCCUCUCGUGCUGAUUCUCGUACCCACGUCUCAGUUGGCGAUGCAGGUGCAUCAAUUAUGUACCCAGCUGCACGUCGACUUUCGAGUCAAGUUUCUCGUGCGUGCCUCCAGUGCGGAAGAACAAAAACGUCAUCUGAAUGCGUUGGAGGGCUGUGAUGUGCUCAUUACCACACCAGAGACUAUGCUGCCCGCUCUCUACAAGCGCAAACUGAGUUUGAGGCGCGUCAAGAUGCUUGUGAUGGAUGAAGUGGACGACUUGGUCUCCGUGAACCACUUUGAGAAAGUGAAGAUUAUUCUCGGUGCCCUCCCCAAAGGGCAUGAUCGGCCCCAGCGACUUUUGUUCGGCGCCUCACUGCCUCCGGUGGCGUAUCAAAUGGUGAGGGAACAGAUGUUGCUGCCAUCCCAUCGUUUUGUUCUCGCUGACGUCAAAACGGACAAACUUGGGCACGCGCUUGUGGACGGUUGUUCGACCGCUAGUGCAGCCAUCACCCACGUUGUGUUCAUGGUGUCACAGGUAGAGAAGAUUAGCAAGCUGGCCUGGCUGUACAGCACGGGUAAGCUCCGUCCUGACCAGCGCACCCUCAUCUUUUGCAACUCGCGUCACAAUGUGGCUUAUGUCGCUGAGCAGCUGCAGAAACUCGUGCCGGAUCUGCACGUCACGACCCUCACCUCCCGCUCCUCAGCCACGGGGAAGAUGGGAACUCUAAAACUUUUCCGAAGCGGCGUCUCCACAUGCCUGGUGUGCACAGACAUACUCAGUCGUGGGAUUGACUUCCAUAACGUUGUUUACGUCGUUCACUAUGACACUCCGCUGGAGUUUGACACUUGGGUGCACCGCAGUGGACGCUGUGGCCGGCACGGAGUGUCCGGAUACUGCUAUACAUUUUUCCAGCCAGAAAGCGUCAAGCUGGCAAAGCCGUUGGUGGCACAUCUGCGGCAAACGCAGCAGCUGAUUCCACCAAAGCUGCAGGAAUACGCGAAUCAGUCACUUGUUGACACGUUCAAGAGCUCCUUGUUUUACCACCCAACACGGCCGUACCGUUCAGGCGAUCCACAGCGUCAACACCCUGUGAUGGGCCGUGGAAUGCCGCGCUUCCCUGACUACAAGCAGGAGCGAUUAAAUAAAAACUUUCGACCCCUUUAA